AUGAGUAAUAACAGUAACACAGGCGCAGCACCUGCCAAUGGAAAUUCUCCCCACCAUCACCAUCAUCACCAUCACCACCACCAUCAUCACGGGCAUGGCGGAAGCAGCUCUGCUCUGAACAAUCCUAAAUCUUCGUUGGCGGAUGGUGCGCAUAUCGGGAACUACCAAAUCGUCAAAACGUUGGGUGAGGGUUCCUUUGGUAAAGUUAAACUAGCAUACCACACCACCACGGGCCAGAAAGUUGCCCUUAAAAUUAUUAACAAGAAGGUUUUGGCCAAGAGUGACAUGCAGGGCAGAAUUGAAAGAGAAAUCUCAUACCUAAGACUCUUAAGACACCCUCAUAUCAUCAAACUUUAUGACGUCAUCAAAUCUAAGGAUGAAAUAAUUAUGGUUAUUGAAUAUGCUGGGAACGAAUUGUUCGACUAUAUUGUUCAAAGAGACAAAAUGAGCGAACAAGAGGCUAGAAGAUUUUUCCAACAAAUCAUCAGUGCUGUCGAGUACUGCCAUAGACACAAAAUUGUCCAUAGGGAUUUGAAGCCUGAAAACUUAUUACUAGAUGAACACCUAAAUGUUAAAAUUGCUGAUUUCGGUUUGUCAAACAUCAUGACUGAUGGUAAUUUCUUGAAAACUUCCUGUGGUUCUCCUAACUAUGCUGCACCUGAAGUUAUCAGCGGUAAGCUGUACGCGGGCCCAGAAGUAGACGUGUGGUCCUGUGGUGUCAUCCUCUAUGUUAUGCUUUGUCGCCGUCUACCGUUUGACGAUGAAAGCAUUCCAGUUCUUUUCAAGAACAUCAGCAACGGUGUUUACACCUUGCCCAAAUUCCUAUCACCUGGAGCAGCUGGGCUAAUCAAGAGAAUGUUAAUUGUUAAUCCAUUGAACAGAAUAAGCAUCCAUGAAAUAAUGCAAGAUGAUUGGUUUAAAGUUGACCUGCCAGAAUAUCUGCUUCCACCAGAUCUGAAACCACACCCGGAAGAGGAAAAUGAGAAUAAUGUGUCAAAGAAGGAUGGAAGCGGUCCUGACAACGACGAAAUAGAUGAUGAUCUUGUUAACAUUUUAUCAUCAACCAUGGGCUACGAAAAGGCCGAGAUUUACGAGUCCUUGGAAUCAUCAGAAGACACUCCCGCAUUUAAUGAAAUCAGAGAUGCCUACAUGUUAAUUAAGGAGAACAAAUCUUUGAUCAAGGAUAUGAAGGCAAACAAAAGCGUCAGUGAUGAGCUGGAUACUUUCUUGUCCCAGUCGCCUCCCACUUUUCAAAAACAGAACCAAUCAAGUCAACAACGAGAACUAGAUCACGAAACUGCCAAGCACGCAAGAAGGAUGGCAAGCGCUACCACUCAACAAAGAACAUAUCACCAAUCACCCUUCAUGGAUCAGUAUAAAGAAGAAGAUUCCACAGUUUCCAUUUUACCUACAUCUUUACCUCAGAUUCACAGAGCUAAUAUGUUAGCUCAAGGUUCGCCAGCUGCGUCCAAGAUAUCUCCCUUAGUAACGAAAAAGUCGAAGACAAGAUGGCACUUUGGUAUACGAUCUCGCUCGUACCCAUUAGACGUGAUGGGUGAAAUUUAUAUUGCUCUGAAAAAUUUGGGUGCUGAAUGGGCCAAGCCUUCUGAAGAAGAUUUAUGGACUAUCAAAUUGAGAUGGAAAUAUGAUAUUGGGAAUAAGACCAACAGUAAUGAGAAAAUUCCUGAUUUAAUGAAGAUGGUAAUUCAAUUAUUCCAAAUAGAAACCAAUAAUUAUUUGGUAGAUUUCAAAUUUGACGGUUGGGAAAGUAGCUAUGGAGAUGAUACUGCUGUUUCCAAUAUGUCUGAAGAUGAAAUGAGUACUUUUUCAGCCUACCCAUUUUUACAUCUAACUACAAAGCUAAUUAUGGAAUUAGCUGUCAAUAGCCAAAGUAAUUAA